UGUAAUCGAGCGACUCUCAAGGCUGGGAACGAAAAUUUCGAAAUUGUCCAGUGAUAAAAAUAAUGACUACAUAACGUGUGCACGCGAGCGAUAUUGUUGUUGAUUCGAAUUUCUAGCAGCGGUGGUGGGCGCGACGUACCAUGCGGACGAUGUGAAUGACACAGCUGCUUUGUCAAUGCUUUUAUCUCAACAAUUAACUCCGGCGCUUAUGUGACAAACAUGUUACUUUGUUCUUGCCUUCGCAACCACCGACAUAACCUGGUGCGCGCCGUGCGACACAUCGACUCAAAUAAAUCGCAGCUGCUGAAUGGAACAAGACGUUAUUUCGCCAGAAACAUGAAGAAGGACGACAAAUCCAACUCGUACGUGUCCCUAAACAUUGGGAACACCAACAAUAAAGCGACGAUCGUCAUCCGAAGACACAGCUCAGAUUUACCACCCAUCAAAAUCAAAAUUCCAAAGAAUGACAAGCAAAGUGCCUAUGCUAGAUUGUUUGCACUCGCCAAGAAAGAAAAAUGGAAAUUGACUGGGGCUGUAGGGUUGUUAAUUAUUUCAAGUUCAGUGUCAAUGGCAGUGCCAUUCAGUUUAGGAAAAGUAUUGGAUAUUAUUUACAACAAUCUUGGUGAUGGCGAGAAAGCCAGGAGCCAACUUAAUGCAGUGUGUGGCAUUCUUGUGGGGGUGUUUUGUGUGGGGGCAAUUUGUAAUUUUGGGCGCGUGUACAUUAUGUCAACAGUAGGUUAUAGAAUGACACAAAGAUUGCGGAUGCAAGUCUUUUCAUCAAUACUUAAGCAAGAACAAGGCUUCUUUGACAAACGCACCACCGGCGAACUAGUCAAUAGGUUAUCAGCCGACACUCAAAUCGUGGGCCAGGCUUUGUCGCAAAACAUCUCAGAUGGCUUACGAUCAACUAUUAUGGUAUUCGCUGGAACAGGCAUGAUGUUUUACAUGUCUUAUGAAUUAGCGUUUGUUGGUCUUGCAAUAGUGCCGCCUGUGGCUGCUUUAGCUGUACUGUAUGGUCGUUAUGUACGUAAAAUUUCAAAAAAUGUCCAGGACGUACUCGCAGACGCCUCGCAAGUAUCCGAAGAAAAAAUUUCAAAUAUACGUACUGUCCGGACCUUUGGACAGGAGAAUAAGGAAGUAGACUUGUACAAAAGUAAAAUUGAUAAUGUACUUACAAUGGGAUAUAAGGAAUCGAAAGCACGAGCGUUUUUCUAUGGAAUGACUGGUUUGAGCGGGAAUAUUAUCAUCAUCUCAGUUUUGUAUUAUGGUGGUGUUAUGGUUUCAUCUCAGACCAUAACAGUGGGAAAUCUUUCUUCGUUUUUACUUUACGCCGCAUACAUUGGUGUAUCUGUUGGUGGAUUGUCGAGUUUCUAUUCAGAAUUGAACAAAUCGAUUGGCGCAGCGUCACGUUUAUGGGAAUUGAUUGAUCGUGAACCUUGUAUACCAAUACAUGGUGGUUUGUCACCAGUACAAACGCCUCAGGGACAAAUUGAAUUUAAGGGCAUAAAAUUCGCGUAUCCUUCACGACCAGAUAUCAAUAUAUUUCAGAAUUUAAAUUUAAAAUUAUCACCUGGGCGUACUGUAGCAGUGGUAGGGCCUAGCGGAUCCGGGAAGUCGACAAUUGCAGCUUUGCUGUUGCGACUCUACGAUCCUGAUGGCGGUCAAGUUAUUCUCGACGAUAAUAAUAUAAAAGACUUGGACCCUAACUGGUUGAGGAAGAAUAUUGGAACUGUCAGUCAAGAACCUAUUCUAUUUACAACAAGCAUUAAAGAUAAUAUUUUAUAUGGUGCUGACAAUCCAGAGCUUAUAACUGACGAGCAGUUCCUACAAGUUGCUAGGGAAGCAAACGUCGAGGAAUUUGUAAACAAACUUCCUGAAGGCUACAAUACUCUUGUAGGGGAAAGAGGGGUAAUGUUGAGUGGGGAAAAGCAACGUGUAGCUAUCGCACGUGCCCUGAUUAAAAAUCCCACAAUUUUGUUGUUGGAUGAAGCUACAAGUGCUUUAGAUGCACAGUCAGAGUUCCUAGUCCAAGAAGCCCUUGAACGAAUAAUGAAGAACCGCACGGUGUUAACAAUCGCACAUCGUUUGUCGACGAUACAAAAUGCCGAUACUAUCGCCGUGCUGGAUAACGGCGAGAUUGUCGAACAAGGCUCCUAUACUGAGCUAUUAUCGUUGGCGAAUGGUAAGUUUAGGGAAUUGAUUAAACACCAAACGUUUAAUGCAGUCACACCGGAUGUCGCUGAGGCGGUGGCUUCCUCCAGCGGGUGCUCGACGGAACAAAAUUCAGUACAAGACAUGCCAAAGGUGAUACCCACUUAGGGCAAUAGGUAAUGUUUAGUUUUUUUUUUCUUUGUUUUGACUAGGAACAAAAUUUAUAUACAGUUUACAUAUAUUUUAUGGUUUAUAUUAAAAAUUAAUAUAUGGUGAGUACACUAUGAGGGAACUGCCAAUUAGGGGAAGGAAAAUACGAACUUCUAGGUCACCAGAUCUCUAAAAUAUAAUUUGCUUACGUUUAUUUUGUAUGAAAAUCUUAACAAUUUCUUAAAAACAGUGCUGAAGUUUUAUCUCGGAAAAUAUAAGCAAGAAAACUUCCCCUAAAACUUAGAUGAAAAAGAAGUACCUUAACAAUAAAAGCAAUUAUGUACACAAUAUAUAAUCAGCGGUGUUCUCCGUGAUUUGUAAAGUAUAUAAUUAUUUGUUGGCUUCAA